AUGUUGGCGGAAGUGGUGCCGCCUGUGCAGUGGGGAGCGGCUGUGGCAGCGGCCCCGUGCCCUUGCGCGUAGUCGCCUCCUGCCUCGCCCGGCUGGUGUCUCGGAGCUGAGAGGCGGCGGCCGGCGGGAUGGAGAAAAGUAGGAUGAACCUUCCCAAGGGGCCUGACACGCUGUGCUUCGAUAAGGACGAGUUUAUGAAGGAAGAUUUCGAUGUCGAUCAUUUUGUGUCUGACUGCAGGAAACGUGUACAGUUGGAAGAACUGAGAGAUGACCUAGAACUCUACUAUAAACUUCUCAAGACAGCAAUGGUUGAACUCAUCAAUAAGGAUUAUGCGGACUUUGUCAACCUUUCAACAAAUUUGGUUGGCAUGGACAAAGCCCUUAACCAGCUUUCUGUGCCUUUGGGACAGUUGAGAGAGGAGGUCCUGAGUCUUAGGUCAUCUGUCAGUGAAGGAAUUCGGGCAGUAGAUGAACGAAUGUGUAAACAAGAGGACAUUAGGGAAAAAAAGAUGUGUGUAUUAAGGCUUAUACAAGUUAUUCGAUCAGUUGAGAAAAUUGAAAAAAUCUUAAAUUCUCAGAAUUCUAAAGAAACAUCUCCACUAGAAGCAAGCAGCCCACUUUUGACUGGCCAAAUUUUGGAGAGAAUUGCCACAGAAUUUAACCAGUUACAGUUUCAUGCUGUCCAAAGCAAAGGCAUGCCUCUUUUGGACAAAAUCAGACCACGUAUAGCUGGCAUUACAGCUAUGUUACAGCAGUCUCUGGAGGGUCUCCUCUUAGAAGGUCUUCAGACUUCUAAUGUCGAUAUUAUACGGCACUGCUUGAGGACUUACGCCACAAUUGACAAGACGCGGGAUGCGGAGGCAUUAGUUGGUCAAGUACUUGUGAAACCAUAUGUAGAUGAGGUGAUUAUAGAGCAGUUUGUUGAGUCUCAUCCAAAUGGCCUUCAGAUCAUGUAUGAAAAACUCCUGGAGUUUGUUCCUCACCAUUGCCGCCUUCUUCGGGAAGUCACGGGAGGAGCCAUCUCAAGUGAAAAAGGCAACAUUGUUCCUGGAUAUGAUUUUUUGGUGAAUUCUGUGUGGCCAGAAAUAGUACGAGGAUUAGAAGAAAAAUUGCCCUCACUUUUUAAUCCUGGAAAUCCAGAUGCAUUUCACCAGAAAUAUACAAUAAGUAUGGAUUUUGUAAGAACAUUUGAACGGCAGUGUGGAUCUCAGGCCAGUGUAAAAAGGUUAAGAGCACAUCCUGCCUAUCACAGCUUCAAUAAUAAGUGGAACUUGCCUGUUUAUUUCCAAAUAAGAUUUAGAGAAAUAGCGGGAUCCUUAGAAGCAGCACUUACAGAUGUACUGGAAGAUGCUCCAGCUGGAAGUUCCUACUGCCUUUUGGCUUCUCAUAGAACAUGGAGCAGCCUCCAGAGGUGUUGGUCAGAUGAGAUGUUCUUGCCACUGCUGGUUCAUCGUCUCUGGAGACUCACACUGCAGAUUUUGUCUCGGUACUCUGUGUUUGUCAAUGAGCUUUUACUCAGGCCCAUUGUGAAUGAAAAUGCCAAGGAUAUUAAAAAGUCUUUGGUAACUGGUAGCAAAGAUCCUUCUGUUGUCCAAGGAAAUAGCGAAGACCAAGGAAAUGGCCCUUCGGAACCGAAGCCUGUAGUUUCCAUUUCCAGCACUCAGCUUGUGCAUGUCAUCGCAGAUCUGGACAAGCUGCAGGAGCAGCUUCCAGAACUCUUGGAAACAAUCAAGCCAAAACUUGAAAUGAUUGGCUUUACGAAUUUUUCUUCCAUCUCAGCAGCCCUGGAGGACUCCCAGAGGUCUCUGUCAGCCUGCGUCCCUCCCUUGAGUAAAAGGAUCAUUCAAGACUUGAGUGAAUCUUGCUUCAGUUACCUGAAAGGUGCUCUGGAGGUGCCCCGGCUUUACCGAAGAACCAAUAAGGAGGUGCCAACUGCCGCUUCUUCUUAUGUGGACAGCGCUCUGAAGCCCUUUUACCAGCUCCAGAGUGGGCACAAGGAUAAACUCAAACAAGCAAUAAUUCAACAGUGGUUAGAAGGUGCUCUCUCUGAGAGUACUCACAAGUACUAUGAAACUGUGUCAGAUGUUCUGAACUCUGUGAGGAAGAUGGAAGAGAGCCUGAAAAGGCUGAAACAAGCCAGGAAAACCACGCCCACCAACCCGGUGUGUUCCAGUGGCGGCGGCAUGAGUGACGACGACAAAAUCAGGCUACAGUUGGCCUUAGAUGUGGAGUACUUGGGAUUGCAGAUACAAAAGAUGGGCCUGCAGACAAAGGACAUAAGGAGUUUCCCAGCCCUUGCAGAGCUGGUUGUGGCUGCCAAGGACCAGGCGACAGCGGAGCAGCCUUGAGCAUCUGGAAGAGCCCAUGGAGAGGAAAGUUGGGCUGGGAGCCUGCAGGGAAGAAAGCGGCUCUAUUCUUACAGCCUCUGAGCGAAGAAGUGCUUCCACUGAGUCCCCAGCAACACGCCAAUGCACCUUGUCUCAGCAUCUUUGGGUCUUCUUUCACCCAAAAAAAAGAAACACAAAAGCCUUUUUCCGUUGUAUGGAAGAGUGUUUUUAAGACAUUUGAAACUUUCUACUACAGUUUACAGAGCAGAUUAUUUUAUUUUUAUUGUAAAUCUUAGUGAGGAAGAGCUGAUUUCUAAAAUAUGAUUAAAGUAAAUAUAUAUGUAUGAAUAUAAGGUGGUCUCCCUGCUGCAGUGCAGUGACCGCGUGGUAUGGAAACCCCCUUCUCAGAGGUGAAAGUGUGCACUUACGGACCUGGUGAAGAGGCUAGAAGUGGCAGCUCUCCGUCCUCUCACUCGGUGUUUAAGAAAAGUGCUUCUGAUCAUGCUCGUCAUCCAGACCUCUGUCAGGAGCUAGAACCAGUAGGGAAGCUUUAUUUCCUCAAUAAAGAAAUGUCUGCCCAAAGUGUGUCCGCCUGUGAUGGAGAAAUGCAGCAUGAGUCAGGCCCUCCUCGCCAGGCCCUGCCGACCUGGUUCCUGACAGGCAGUGCCCCUCUGUUGUGCCUCUCGCCGCGUCCUGUCCAUCCUAGCCCCUCCUUCAGAUAUUUGGGAGGUGUGUCUCAUGGGACGGUAGCAAGGGCACCCUCUUCCUGGCUAAUCCUGGAAGGAGGGGAGAGUCGGGGAUGUUGGCAGAAGCGAUACCAGCUUGAAGGUAGUCGGGGACGUCACCUGGCGCGCUGCGCUUAGGCAGCUGUCUUUUCAGCUGAGUGGUGGUUUGAAGAGUGUGUUUAUUCCUCUAACUUUGCAUUUAUUUGCAUU